AUGAUUUAUCGGCCCCACCGUCUCGCGUCUGCACGUCUUGUCACCACAAAGGCCCAGUUCGUGCACAUGCUUCAGAUGAGCAUCAUUCGUCAAUCUGAAAGUCCAUGGGCCUCGCCCCUCCACCUGGUCCCCAAGGCCGUCGCUGGUGGCCGGCGCCCCUGCAGUGAUUCCCGGGCUCGGAACAACGUUACUGUCUCGGACAACUACCCUGUCCCACAUCUUAAGGAUUUUGCCGAUGCUCUAUUGGACAAAUCAGUGUUCUCGAAGAUGGACCUGGUCCGUGCCUUCCUCCGAAUACCCACCGCCUCAGAGGACGUUUCGAAGACGGCCAUCACCACUCCCUUUGGCCUUUUCCUACGCAUGCCGGUUGGACUCCGUAACGCCUCCCAGACCUUUCAAAUGUCCGUAGACAAAGUGCAUCGCGGCCUACCAUUUGCCUAUGCCUAUAUCGAUGACUUUCUGGUGGCCAGCUCUAUCACCGAAGAAUACAUGGAGCAUCUUGCGAUGGUAUCUGACCGCCUUCGACAAGUUGACGUUGUUCUUAACCUGUCUACUUUCGUCUUUCGUUUGCCCUCUCUAAAAUGUCUCGGUCAUUUAGUUGACUUCAACGGCAUCCAUCCUCUUUUAUAUAGGGUUGCGGCUAUACGUGAUUUCCCACCUCCCUAUUCCAAACGUCAGCUGCAACGAUUUCUGAGCAGCCGGCUCCUCCCGCACUGUGCUGACACUACCCUGACGCUCACGAACCUCCUCUCGGGUCCCAAAGGUUCGUUCGAGCCACCUGCAGAUGCCCUCGCUGCUUUUGACAAGAUUAAGGCUGCUCUGGCCGACGCUACUCUCCUGACGUAUUUUUCUCCCGAUGCCCCCAUCUCCCUCAUGGUUGGCGCCUCCAAUGUUGCAGUACGCGCGGUUCUCCAACAGCACCUUGCAGGCCACGCUCAACCCUUAGCUUUCUUCUCCAGGAAGUCAUCAUCUGCCGAGACGCGCAAUAGCAAAUUUGGGCGGAAACUCAGUUCUGUCUUCCUCGCCGUGAAACGCUUUCGGUACUUUCUUGGGGGCAGGGAGUUCACUGUGUCCACGAAUCGCAAACCCCUCUUUUUCAUUCCCAAGUCCACUUCUGUUAAGCUCAACCCGCGGGAAAUUCGCCAACUGGACUACAUCACGCAGUUUACGUCAGACAUCCGCCACAUCGACGGGCCGCACGAUGAGGUGGCUGACGCACUGCUCAGGUCCUCCAUUGCACAUUUCCAAUUUUCUUCCGGGGUGGACCCAACAAGAUGGCUGCCGAACAACGCCGUGUUGGUUCUCCCUGUGACGGCGACGUUCCCGGACUCCAACUCCAGGACCUGCCGCUCACAACUGGCAACGGGACCUGCCGGUGCGACGUCUCCACCACUUUCCACCGUCCCUUUGUGCCGCUAUCCCUCCGCCUAA